UGUUAUAUAGGGCUGAUGCAAAAAUCACCAUUAGAUACUUAUUUUUUGCUAGUAAAAGACUACAUUGAUUAAAAAGGAAUUAUAUAAUGAGUAUAAACGGCGUAAACAUAAUUUGAUAUUGUCUGAUGAGUUGUGAACUAUGCGAAAAAUACAAAAUCAAUUAAAAAUGGACUUUUCCAUACACAUAUACCUAUAUUUUGUAAAAUAAUUGGUAUUACAUAUGAACUCAUGACCUAAGGAAUAUUGUGGCCAGUGUGUGUGAGUGAGUGUGUUUGUUGACGAUAAAUAAAAACCAAACGUUUCUUUAACACUGGGCCAAGGUCGAAAAGAUAAUUAGAAAUGAAUCGCACAGCAAUUACUGUGGCAUCCGGUGUUACCAGUGGUUCCAGCAACACCUUAGAUGCUCCAUACAUACGUACAAUAGAAUGGGACAUGAUGGAUAAAACAAAAUUUUUUCCACUGUCAAUGUUGAGUUCGUUUUCCGUUCGUUGUUGUCUCUUUCCCUUAACAGUGAUAAAGACCCAACUGCAAGUGCAGCACAGAAGUGAUGUGUACAAGGGAAUGUUUGACUGCGCUUACAAGAUUUACCGCUCCGAAGGAAUUCCGGGUUUAUAUAGAGGAUUUUGGAUAUCAUCGGUGCAAAUAGUGUCGGGUGUUUUUUAUAUAAGCACAUAUGAAGGUGUGCGUCAUCUGUUAAACGAUAUGGGUGCUGGUCACCGAGUAAAGGCUCUAAUAGGAGGAGGAUGUGCUUCUCUUGUGGGUCAGACAAUUAUAGUUCCCUUUGAUGUGAUAUCUCAGCAUGCAAUGGUACUGGGGAUGGCACAUCAUGCUGGCGCUAAAGGUGAUAUAAAUCCUCUGGGAAUACAAACAGGACCAGGCAGAAGUCGUCUAAACAUUUCGCUUGAUAUUGCAAGGGAGAUUUUGCGAAGGGAUGGCUUUCGGGGAUUUUACCGCGGCUACACCGCCAGCCUAAUGGCCUAUGUUCCAAACUCUGCGAUGUGGUGGGCAUUUUAUCAUCUGUACCAAGAUGAACUUUGUCGAAUUUGUCCACCAUGGGUUUCCCAUUUGCUGAUACAAUGCGUUGCUGGCAGUUUAGGUGGAUUCACUACUACGAUACUUACCAACCCUCUUGAUAUUGUUAGAGCUAGACUGCAGGUCCAUCGACUUGACAGUAUGAAAAUAGCCUUUCAAGAGUUGUGGCGCGAGGAAAAACUAAAUUGUUUCUUUAAGGGAUUGUCGGCGCGUUUAGUACAGUCAGCUGCCUUCUCAUUUAGUAUAAUUUUAGGUUAUGAAACUAUUAAACGUAUUGCCGUGGAUGAGCAAUACAAACAUCAAAUACGCUGGUAAU